AUGGGAAGCUUUAUCCAGGGAGAUAGAGCCGUCCACGCGUUACUUAAUCCUGCUCACACAGUUGAUAGUAUUGAUACCUCUAACCUAAAGCAUACAGCGCUUCUCGCACCAAUCGUUCUCAAUCCUUCAAGCAGCACCAAAGAUAAAUUCGGCGAGGAAGUCCCAGUACUUGGCAAGAAUUGGCAUGCAAACUGCACAGCUGAUUCCUCUAUCAAGGCCCUCCACGAGGCAGAAUACUGUCCAGAAAAUCACAUCACCUUUGGCACCAGAUAUACAAUCAGCUACUUCACCAAAGAAGGUGUACCUAUUGACCAUCCUGUCGAGGACUUCAUCGAAGAACCUAUCCGAGUAAAGAAAUUGAUGUUUAACAGACAAAGAGCCUCCAAUCUCGCCGAUACUCUUCACCUCGCUAGCGGUCGACACAUCGAUCUACAAAAGCCUUUUAAAAUGGAGUCAGAUACAAUUGAGCACCCAAGACAGCCAAUGAUCCCUGGCUACUUUGAUAUCCAUUCCGAAGUUAGUCUCUCAUCCAUCAAAGAUAAAUGUGUGGAUGAAAGGGUCACUAUAACCCCCGUCCCUAGCAACCAAGAUAAGCCUUCGAUAGAUAGCAGUCUCGGAAUCAAAAUCUCUAAUACCAUAAGCGACAUGGCUACUGUAGGACUACAAGUUGUUGAUCAUCUGGAUGAAAAACCAGCUACUCGUGCCCAAUUUUCUUUUCAUAACCCGGAUCAUGAAUCGACGGAGCAAUAUAGCGCUACAAUGCCAGCCACCAGCUAUCAAGAUAAUUCUGCCAGAGAUGGCAGUUUCGGAUGCAGAGUUUCUAAUACCAUGCGUAACGUUGCUUCUAUAGGACUUCAAGUUGUUAACGACUUGGAUGAAAAAGCUGCUGCACGCGCUCAAUUCUCCUUUGAUGGCGCAAAAGAUCAAUAUUCGGAUAAUCAUGUCACCACAAUGCCUUUAAGCAGACGUCACGACAAGUCUUCGACAAACAGCAGUUUAGGAAGCAGAGUUUCUAGCAGCAUGCGUAAUUUGGCUGAAGCUGGCUUACAAGUUAUUCAUGAUUUAGACGAGAAAGCCGCUCGUCACGCUCGAUUCUCCCUAGACAGUCCAACCCCUAUAGCUCAUGAGCCCGCUAACACAAUUCAAACAAAUCCUUUCGAGAAAUGGCUCCAUACCAUUAAGCGAAGAGGUGGACAUAGAAAAGCCACCAGCUGUGAUAUGCCAAGGAAUGGGAUUGAAGGGGGCAUAUAUGAAAGACCCAACACAACAGAAAGCCGACCAGGCCACAGAAAAUCCUUAUCGGGCAGCUCUUUCGGUUUUGUGAGUAAUAUGAAGAGUGUAGGUACCAGUCUUGCAAGCUUUAGUAUUGCACCACGCUCAAGGACUGGCGUUUCUUCUCGUCAUCAACGAACCGAUUAUAGCAGUAGAGCAUCGUACGCUGGAAGAGCUUCUGAAGAUAAUUCAAAUUGCUUGUCCCGAGGCUUUAUCCUGGAUAAGGAUGUUCUCAAACGUAUGGAGCAACGUCAAGGUGUCAUCGAGGAAAUCCUUUCCACCGAGAAGGCUUAUCUAGAUGAUAUUCGGGCUCUCAUACGUGUUUUUGAUGGUCUUUUACUCGCCAUUCCAAUUCUCUCCCAGAGCUUACGCAAGUCAAUUGCUCUCACACUGAAAGAUAUAUGGACUCACAAUAACGAACUCUACAAUGAACUUGUCAAAGUUGUAGCCAAUACCAAUAAAUUCUCUGGAGUAAUCUCGGUUGAUCUACCAAGUCAUCCGCCCGUCAAGGGACAUAAGAGAUGGCAAAGCCUGGGAGAAGUACCUGCUUCAGAGUCUACUGAGAGCCGUGGCCGACAUAUUGGUGACCCGAAGGUAGCGGGAGAGAUUGCGAAGGUCUUUUGUGGAAAGGUUCAAACAAUCCCAGGCUUGUUCUUAUACGAAUCAUAUGGUAUUAUGCAUAAGGAAUUGAUGAAGCAGAUCCAUACAGCAUAUCGAACAACCGAUGAAUGGAAAGAUUUUAAUCAAGCAAUUCGGUCGACUGAGGAAAUGAUUGUCUCUACGGAUAAUCGAAAGAGUGGCUCCCAAAAAGGAAGAAUUUUCGAGGAUUAUUUCAUCAAGCCGGAAAGUAGAUCUCGCGAUAAGAUUCGUACCCUAGAGCAGAAUCAUUUGUGUGGUGUGCUUCAUGCUUGUUGGCAGACGAAAGAUACUGUUGCGGGACAUAAUAUCACCGGGCAGUACUUUAUAGCUCUCUUGUAUGAGAAAUUUUUUGUCCUUGCCCAGCCUUCUGGGAAUCAGGAUGAGUUUUAUGCGGUCCAGGCUUGUAUUCCGAUUAGUGAGCUUAGUGUGGAGGAUGUUGAUAAUGGUAAAGGUUUACAAUGCCACACGGCGCCUCAUUCAUGGAAGAUAGUCUUUGAGCACAUUUCUCAACUUUUCGAAAUUAUUAUGAGUGCAUGCUCAGCAAAGGAGGAGUUAGAGUGGAAGAGCCGCCUUAUUGAUCGUUCUGGGAAGCAAUGUGAUAGCACUGUUCAACAGGAAAUGACUGCAUCGUUGUCACUUGAUCUCAAACCAAUGGGAACUAUCUAUGGAAAACCAGGCACCACCGCUCGCCGCAAGUCUAUCCACAGAGCCACAACAAUGAAAGGACAAACCACCAUUCCCCGCAGCGUCAUCGUAAGGAACACAAGCGCGGCAACUGAACCCUCCCUCUCCAGCUCCUCAUCGCAACUCUCAAUCAACAGAUCCCAAUCCCUAGCCGGUCCACAUCGCCCCACUAUCCUCGCUCCUCCACGCACCGAACGCGUUCGUCUCGAAACCCUCCUCGCCGACGUCUGGACCCGCGAUAUCAUCCCCUAUCCUGGCAUGGGCAGCAAACCCCACAGGGAACACACGGUCCGCGCAUCCGCCACUUCCAUGAUGCGUAAAAUUAGCCACGCGAGUAUUUCUAGCAUUACGAAACGCUCUGGUACAGGUAGUAUAGCUAGUCUCCACAAGAGCGAAGAUCACACAGCAACAGAGUUGGAUAGUUUAAGACCGAUGAUUCUUAAUCGCCAAGCUCGUCAUAAUUCAAGUGAUAGUAUCCCAUUACCUGAUCUCGAACACUCUGUAUCGCAAGAUACGAGUUCUGGAAGACAUGGCUCUCGUCUUGCGGUAAUCAUCGACGAGAAGGAAAGUAACCCUAGUACGAAUGGUGCGCGCUCCACAAGCGGUAGUCCAAUUAUGGCGCGACUAGCAAGUUUCAGAAGUAAAAAGAGUGAAGGAUCGCUAGCCGAUUCGUUAAUUUCUAAACUUUCUACUGCUUCGAAAUCUCCAUCCGGGAAGAGUUCAUUAGCUUUACCGGUUGUGACGGCGGCGCAUCAUGGAGAGGAAUUGAGAAAGGAGAAUGUGUUGCAUUUGUUGAAGAUGUUGGAUGAUGGUGUUGAUGGGGAGGAGGCGGCGGGAGAUUUGUUGCAGGCGCAGCAGAGGAAGGGGAGGAAUAGGACGAUGCUUGUGGAAGGGUUUAAGAAUUUUUUUCGUUGA